AUGUCAAAUGCAAUCAUGAUCCAGAACCAUACCUGAAAAUUAUUAUUUUUGAUAGCAAUAUGGCACUUAUCCACUUCUCUAGAGGUCAUAGUUGCUUAUGAAGACUUGAAUUCUGAUGUGCUAAAUGAGGAUUCCAUUUUUUGCCUUACUGGUACCUUUAAUAAUCUAGUGGAUUGGCACAAGUGCAAAAUUUCAAAUAUUUCUAUGUGCUAUGAAGAAUUUCAAGGUUCUUUAAUUAUUCUUGACUUAUCAAGGGACCUAGAUGUCCAAUACUCAAUUUCUCAGCUAUGCAAAGCCCAUUUUCUGACUCAUUUAGUUUUUCAAGAUAAUCUUCAUUAUAUUGAUGACUGGACUUAUUCAGUCAUUACUUCAAAAUUAGACCAAAUUGAAGCUUUUUUAGCUGUUCUUACCCUCUCCGUAUAAUAAAAAAAUUAUUAAUUGAGGAAUUUUUCUUAUAAAAUUCCGAUACCUUUAAUGAUAAAUUUCAUUUGUUUUCAAAAAAUUCCAAUAAAAAAAUUAAAUAAGAUCAUGGCUUUAUUCAUAGUAAAUAAGUUAAUCAUUUUAAGUGAAAGCAAGGAGCAGUUUUUAUUGAUAAAAAAAACUGAUAUGAAAGAGAGCGAAUGUCACAAUUUUCUUCUGACUUUAAUUUUUUGACUGUUGAGGAAUAUUCAGAUGUGGAGCAGCUUGUAAAUAGACUUAUUUUUAAGUUAGGAGCAACGCUUUAUUAUAUUAUUACUGAUUCUGAGGACUCUUUACAAAUACAAAAUUUUUUAAAAGCUGCGAAGCUUUUAACUAUUGGAAAUGGAAUAAUUCUUAACCAGAGAAGCGGCUAUCUAUGUGAUAGUGAUGGACUACUUAUAAUGCAUAAAAAUUGCGACCUAAGCACAUCCGAUUUUUUGACUCAAUCCUAUGGCAAGGUGAGUUGGGCGAGAAACCAGCUGAGAUUCAGGUCUUUAUGGCUUUAUGCAUUCUGGGUAGGCUUUAGAAUCGGCUCCUAUGAUUGAAAAGCUGUAGCCUGGCGCAUCCUUCAGGAUACUAAGUUGGAUCUUUACUGCGAUGCAAGGGCUUGCAGCCUGGGCCCAGGAGCUGAGUAGCUGCUGAGGGCGGUCACCCAGCACCUAUUAGACUCCGAGGUUUUCCUGGAUCAAGUUACUAUCCAAUGAGCCUACAGCAAAGUCGCAGAAAUCUAUAGUCUGCACUCAAAACUGGUACCCUAACAAGGCAAGGAGGAGGUCUCCUCCUUCAUGCACCCUCAAUCCAUCCUGAAAAUGAGGCGGAUUCUAGGAAGAAGAUAGUUCAAGCACCUUGCUAGCAGUUAUCUUGAUCGAUAACACUGAGGCGUAGACGCCGCAAGGCGGAUGAACCCUUCGGUCCUUAGUGACUGCGUAACCAAUAAGGCACUCAGCCACACUGUAAUUUAAAAAAUUAAAAUUAAGGUGGCCUACUAAUAAUUACUGAUUCUGGACAAGAAGCAUCAUCUUCUUCAGAAGAAUAUUAUCUAAAUUCUGCUAUUAGUACAAUAUCUUAUAUUUUGAGCAAUAUUUCAAAGGAAAAUGCUCUAGAUAUUAUUUCAGCACUCCAAUUAAAAUUUAAAAAUCAUUAUAAUGAAGGCAAUUUUUCCAUUAUUAACAUCCAGAAUGGAGAGAGAGUGAUUGUAGGGUCAAUUAUAAAUAAAAGCCUCACAAUAAAUAAAAAUCUGUCUUUUCCUGGAGAAUCAAGCGCUAUUCCAAAAUCCACAAAAAAGGUGAUUAAUUUAAGUAUAAAUGCUGGAUCAAGUAACCCAGAUUCCUCACCUGCAUCCCCCGGCUUAAUAUUAGGCUCAAAAGGUGUGUAUAUAGUUAAAGACAAAAUUAACGAAGGGAGCAGCAGUCUUUUAUCAAAUUUCCAGCUUGAUUUCUUUAAUUAUGACUGUGGAGCGACUGUUUUUAAUUCAACAUUUGCUAUGAAUUGUUUAAAAAAAGAUAUGGACAAACUUGGAGUUGCAUAUAUGUCUUCAGGAAUGUCUAAUAUAGCGAUAGGCAUAUUAGGACUAUUUAAGCAGCUAAACUGAACAUUUCCAGUAGUAGGCUCUACCAAUUCUGAUGUCUCAUUAAACUCUACUGAUAAAUAUCCUAUGUAUACUCGAGUAAGCAUCUCCACUUCUUAUAGUGCUUCUUUGACUGCUGUAUUGCUUAGAGCUAUGGGCUGAGAAAAAGCUGCAAUACUAACCCAAAAUAAUUCUUAUGGGCAACAAAUAGCUUACUAUAUAAAUCAAGGAGCCACGCUUGCAGAUCUUGAAAUAAUUAACCCAAAAAGUUCAUGAUUUAUUCCUCCUAAUCUUGAUAGAGAAAGUGUAAAAAAUUACACAUAUAUGAUCCAAGAAAUUAUUGAUUCUCAGGCGAGAUUAUUGAUUUUAUCGUUACAGUUUCCUAUGUAUAAUUAUAUAUAUGAAAUGUUUUAUGAUUUAGGGAUGAGAAAAGGGGAUAUUAUGAUUUUUGCAGCAGCCCCCGAUUCUUUGACAAGUGUAGGCUAUAAUGAUACUUUUAGGUCUAAAAGAUUAGAGAUUGCAGUUCCUAUGAUUGAGCUUGAUCCAUCCAGUUGGGUUGGCAAUGUAGGAAAAGAUAUAAAAAGCCGAUUUAUCUCGACUUAUAAUGAAGCUCCGAACAGUUUUGCUUGUCAAUAUGCAGAUGGUGCUUAUCUUAUUGCUUAUGCUUUAGAUUAUAUGAUAAACAGAGGACAAGAUUAUACUAACCCUUAUAAGCUAGACUCUGCUAUAAGAAAUCAACAGUUUCAAGGCUGCACAGGCAGAGUUUCAAUAGAAAAAGGAAGCAAUGAUAGAAUUGUCGAUGCUUUAGAUAUAGCUGUCAAUAAGCUGAGUUCAAAUGAUACAGUUAUUAUUGACUAUAUUGGGAAAUAUAUGCCAUAUAGCACUCAAGUAUUAAAAUAUACUACACCUAUGAUUUACCCUGAUGGAAGUACUAUUAAACCCAGCGAUUUAAGAAACGAAAACAAUAAAUGCCCAUUUUCUGAUAAACUUGUAACUCUUUUAAAAUUUUAAGGCGAUUUUACUUUUAGGGAAAAAAAACUAAAAAAUUGUUUAUGCAACUUUUAUAAAGUAUAGGCCUUGGGACAUUUUGUGCAAGUAAACUUGAUAUACUAAAUUAUCAUAUUUAGCUAUAUAAAAAUAAUUUAAACCCAAAAUAUAAAAAAUUUAUCGAUACUUUGUUCCGAUUUAAAAGGGAGAGUAAGAACUUUUACAAAGGGUAGAGGCCUCCUUUUUGGAAUUUGUUUUACCAUCGCAUUUAUAACAUUUGCUAUUACAGUUUUUAUAUGAAGAAAAUGGUGAAAUAUUUCAGUCGAGCCAUUGGCAAAAAAAGAAGAGAUUUCUAUACAAGAUUUUAUUGUUGGGCUCACAAUUGCGGUAGAGAUUUUUCAGUAUGCAGCAAUGGGACCUGAUUUUUCGCUUAUUAGUCCUGCUGUAUCUAACGUAAGUGAUGCUUUUUCGCUAAAUUUGGAGGAUUUUAUGAAAUUAAAAAACGGAGUAUUCUGGAUUGUUGCUGACCUUGUGUUUGCUGGAAUUGGGUUAUGAAUUGUACUUUGUUUAGUAGUCUUAUUAAGGCUUGAUGAAAAAUGGCAUUUUAUACCGAUAUUUAGAUAUUUGUCAAUAUUAGCAGACUAUGCAAUGCCGAUUUUAGGCAAUUUGUGCUUUAUUCCUUUUGUUUCGAUAUGCCUCGAUAUUUUUAUUUGUGAUCAAUCUAUUGGCGAAAAUUUCACCGACAGCUUUUUAUCAAAGGAUUGCUAUUAUUUUUGCUGAAAAGAUGAGCAUUUAGCAUAUGCGAUAAUUUCAUUUAUUGCUCUAUUAUUGUAUGAACCUUCUGCAGUAUUUUGUAGGCCUCUAUAGCAUGGGUAUGCAUUUAGAGCGUCACUUGCUCCAGAGGCCUCUGCAGCUUCGACUAAUGUGAAGAUUUAAUUCCAAGCUGAAAGAAUAAGAACAAUUGAGAACUCAGAUUGCCCAUCAUCUUGAGUUGGCUUGCCAACCCUCUUCCUUUACAAAUAAAUUUUUGCUUGAUUGACUCACUUUUUAUAUUUUAAAAAUAAUUCAGCAAAAAAAAAAAUAAUAAUCAGAAGAGAUUUUUUUAUUAUAAUCACCAUUUAUAUACCAAUUUACCAUAUAAAAAUAAUUAGCUAACUGGGGAGAAGCCAAAAGCAGGUCCUUACUAUAUGGCAAGAACUGCAGCCGAUUCUCCAUGUUAAAGCAGUUCCACUAUUUUUGAUGAUUAAAACAAUAGUCCAAGUUACCUUAAUAGUGAUGAAUAAAACAGUGAAAAGAGCUCAAGAUAUAACUCAUGGAGUUCUAUUUAUCAUAGUUAUGGUUAUUUACAUUUUAUUUAUUUUUAAAUUCAAGCCUUAUAAUUACGGAAGAUUCAGCUGAUGGCAAGGAGUGUCAUUAGCAGGUGUUGCAUGAUUAGCUCUUAUAUCAGUAAUUGGGCUGAUACUUCGUGAUGAUUAUACUCCUUUACUAAUUAUAUUAAUAAUCGGGUGGCUCAUUAUCGCUAUAAUUGGAUUUUAUAUACAGAGAAAGAAGUAUCCAAGCUUACUCUUCAAGCAAAAAGACAAAGACACCUCAACUUUAUUCAGAUUUGCUUUCACCUUUGGAAAAAGUUCUAGAGCUCAUUUAACUAAGAUUGCUCCAUCUGAUAGCAAAAAAGCGAGCCAUUAA